UGUGAUUGGUCACAGCAGGUCACAUGGUACAAGGCUGUUGUGAAUAGCCCUGUACCAUGUGAUCUCUGUGAUCAUUCACAGAUUUUACAUGUAGUAAGCAAUGAUGUCACAAGUGACAUCUUGCUUACACCUAUUCAUGUGAUCACUGAUUGGCACCUUACACAGAGGUCCUGUACAGAGAUUGGUGUUCCGCUGUGUCUUCCGGACACAGCGGACACCAGAUUGUGGUGCCGUGCGCUCCCAGGGAGC